AUGCCUAUUGACAGCGACAUAGUUGAUACACGGGUUUAUGAAAUCCUCAGCGGCGAAAAGCCAGAUAUCAAGGAGAGCGGGUAUGAAGAAGCGAAAGCAUUUGUCAACGCUGAGCUCAUCAAGAACAAGUCCAUUCCAUUCAAUUACUGGCUUGAGCAGCCUUGCCCUGCGCAUCGCGAUACUAAAGGCGACGUUGCGCCCUGCGUAACCUUUAGACGCGGACUUCAUGAUUAUAUGAUGGAAGCUAGCAAUGGAUAUGCAGACCGCCAGCAGUUGAUGCAAGACUUGGGGUUUGUCAACACGGGGGGGUAUGCAGCAUCUCAGUGUCUAAGAAUCGGACAUAUGAGUGCUGGAGACAUACCAACACUGGUUUGGUCUGUAGAGCCUUUUCUCAAAAAUGCCAUUUCUGGAAACACAGCAUCCGAGCAAGCCUUCCAAAAGGCCACGAAUUGGUUUCGUGAGUGCAACGAUACACACUCGAGUUGCUCGCUUGGAGAGAUUUCAGAAUUGCCUGAGCGAGUUCUCGACAUUUUUUCCGAAGAUACCAAGUCUGGUGUCAAAUUGAUCCACACGAAUGGACAAAAAGCACGAUACGCUUGUCUAAGUCACCGCUGGGGAAAAGAUACUUCCCGGACAACAGGAGAGAACAUCAAUUCCUUGUGCAAAGAGGUUCCAUGGGACUACCUUUCACCCACAUACCAAGACUCCAUAACCUUUCUACGGAAAUUUUCGAAAUGGCAUCAGGAGGAAUAUGGAGAGCUCAUUCGCUACAUUUGGAUCGACAGUCUGUGCAUCAUACAAGAUUCCAAGAGUGAUUGGGCAAAACACUCACUCAAAAUGAGCGACAUAUAUUCCAAUUCCCUCAUUACUUUAGUGGAAAGCCACGAGCAAGGUACAGACAAACGGCUAUUCCAAGACGCUUCCUCAAGAGAUGUUUCGAAACCAGUUUCUAUUCGAGAUGCACAAGGCAACGACCAUGAGCUACAUUUCCGAAAACCAAUCUUCCAUCCCACUUAUAUGAUCAGCGACGGCAGCAUCCCCGUCUGGAAACGAGCAUGGGUGUUCCAGGAACGCCUUCUCUCACACCGUCUUCUCAUCUUCGGACCCGACGAGCUUUCAUGGCAGUGUGCCAGCCACCACAAAUGCGAAUGUGGCCUCGACGAAUCUGAAUCACAGACCGUGAAGCUCAUGAAGGAAUGGGGCGAUGAUGUCCAUGUGCCAGAACGCUCAGCCAGCAGUAGGAGAGACAUGCAGCAACUUCUCGGCGACGAUCCCUCUCACAGCCAGCUUCGCCGCGCAUGGAGACACGUCAUCGAGGCAUAUUCCCAGCUCGACUACACCUAUCGCAGCGAUACUCUCUACGCCAUAGCAGGCCUGGCAAAGAGCUUCAACGCAAGACUAGGCGGCAAGAAUUACUUUGCAGGGAUCUGGUACGACGAAUACCAAGAAGGCGAAACAGAAGAUUUCCAGCCCCAAGCCGAAACCGCACUGGAUCUGCUAUGGAGACUGACGUACUUUAAAGAUGCCGAGAGACCAGAUUUGCCAGAGCCUGCUGUGCCCAUCUCGUGGAGCUGGGCAUAUCCCGAGUGCGCAGUCACGUACCCCUUUGUAAACGAUGAGGUGGUCAACCAAUUCUCGCUGGUGGCUUCCAUCGGCGGCGCUCUAAAUGUUCCAAAAUUGCCCGACGAUCAUGAUCAGCCUCGGGACUGGGUAAAGGACGACAUGUAUGCAGAAGUGCCUCCUUCGGGGAUGGUCAUCGUCGGGCCAAUCUGGAAAACGAAAUUGACACCAUCGGCGUUUUCAUUUACGAUAAGCAAUACAGAGUAUCCGGAAUACACUUACUACCUGGGAGCCAUGUCAGCCAGUAUACUCCAAGAAAGCUCCGUCGGUCGAGAAAUUGUGCAGAGGAGAAUCCUCCUCAUGCCUCCUAUGGAAGAAGACGAAAGCGACGAGUCUGCGCUUCAGAAGAUGCCGCCUCUAGUAUUCUACCCGGAUAGCAUGCAUUUCGCCAUCACCGAGUCACUCUACUGCCUCCCCAUAGCAACUUUCAAGCGCCUACCAAUUAAGAGCACCGUCAAGGAAAAGACAGUCUUUACAGCCCUGGUGCUCGAAGCUGUGGGACACAAGGCAACUACCGAGGAAUACGAUCCGGAUCUAUCCAAAAAGGAUGUUUCAGAGUUGGUGUUUCGAAGAAUUGGGUUGGCAUACACGACAGAUGGCGGCUGGACGGACGAGCAUGAUGCACUUUUACAAAAGUGUCCUGUUAAUGCUACGUAUUUAGUACAGUAA